GCCCGCCGUCCACACUGCAACAUCUUCGGCCGGCGUUGGAAUUGAUGAGCUCACAGCUGAGGCACGCCGGCACCCACCCCACGACCACCCCCGACGCCAAUUGAGUCGAGCGCCCCCGCGUCCUAUCCCGUCUCGCCUCGCCGCGCAGCGCGCACACCUACGCACCCACGCGACGCCCCAUGAUGCAGGCCCUCCGGACGAGAGCGGCUUGCGCAGCCCGACGAACGACGCGGCCCGCAGCAACAAGCUUGCAGCUGUCGCGCUCCUACGCCUCCGGCGGCCACGACAGCCACGGCAGUAGCCACGACCACCACGAUCAUCACGACGACCACCACCACGCCCCCGAGGUCGAUGAGCACCUAGGCUUCGGGUUCUACGCCUUCGCCACCGCGCUGCCGGUGUGUUACGUGGGGUACUCCGUGUCGCGGCCGGGCGCGAACGGGGAGCCGUCGAGCCUGUCGAAGUGGAUUCAGAGCUACGAGUACCUGGGCGGGGAGUGGGAGGUGCGCAACAACCUGCGCACGCGGCUGAUCGAGCAGGCCGCGCACGACAAGCACCUCUUCAACCACGCCGGGCGGAACACGCACAUCGAGCUCAAGACCCCCGAGGUCUUCUACUCCGGCUCGCCCAUGAACGUGCCCGCCGGCCACUACGCAGACCUCAGCCACGUGACCGAGCACUACCGCAAGCACGCGGCCGAGGUGGAGGAGCGCGUCGCGAAGCGCAUGCGAGCGCGCGCGAGCAAGGAGCAGGAGCAGCAGCAGCAGCCGCCGCCGCCGCCGCAGCAGGCAUGAUAGGGUAGGCCCCGGAGCGUGCGCGCUCUUGCGAGAGGCAGAGGGAGGGAGACGGAGGGCGGCAGGGACGCAGAGCGUAUGUGUGAGCGGCGUCAGCGCGCACUAUCGCGUACCUACCUACUACCUCCCCUCUCUGCCCCCCUUCCGCCUGAAAUACAGAAGAAAUAGACAUACGCCGUGUAUAUACAUCAUAGCCAGCACUACCCUUGCCACCACCAUCCAGACCUACAACACGUAGACUUGCGAGCGGGCGAAGGAGCCAGAGGGUAAUUCCACGGAAUGGGCCCGCCGUGCGUGCUUUUUUUUUUUCUU